AUGCAACCUCGUUUGGUGCUAAGAACGCUAAACAUUUUGGAACAUCAACGUUGCGUUGAAAUCCGUCAAACAGUGCUUUGUGACUAUCAGGUUAAACUGAAAUUUAUGGUAACUGGAUACGAGACUUGGAUCUAUAAACGCGAUAUGGAUAUAGAAACAACCGACCAAAUAAACGACUACAAACCCACCAUAUUUCGACAAUUCCACAAUAAGACUUACGGUCUUAUCUCGGACUCAUUUCAUAUGUUCUUCGAUUGUACUGGUCUACUGGCGGGUUUGGCUGCAUCGGUUAUUACAAAGUGGAAAGCUAAUGAAAAAUUUUCUUACGGUUAUGUACGAGCUGAAGUACUGGCUGGAUUUGUAAAUAGUCUCUUCCUUUUAUUUAUUUCAUUUUUCAUACUAUCGGAAGGCGUUGAACGUCUUAUUGAACCACCUGAAGUAAAACAUGAACGUCUUUUUGUUGUUUCCGUUCUGGGAUUUAUUGUGAACUUAGUGGGUAUAUACGCCUUUCAACAUGGUGGUCAUGGCCAUAGUCAUGGAGGUGGUGGCCAUGGACAUUCACACGGAGGUGGACAUGGUCAUUCGCAUGGCAACAACCUACUUGAUAUGAAUGGGCAUAAUAAUCACGCAAUUGAUUUGGAUGGUCACGGUCAUUCACAUGAGCAAGGACAUGGUCACUCCCAUGGCGGUUUGAACGGCGACAUCUCUGGCAGUAAUUCCCAAAUUAUGCGUGGUGUAUUUUUGCAUAUAUUGGCUGAUACACUUGGCUCAGUUGGUGUGAUUAUCUCAGCGGUGCUAAUGCAUUUGUUUGGCUGGAUGAUUGCGGAUCCAAUAUGCUCAAUUUUUAUAGCCUUGCUUAUAGCAUUAAGUGUGCUUAGCCUUAUUAAAGAGUCAAUCUUGAUCUUAAUGCAAAGACAACCAACGGAUUUAGAUCGUUCAUUACCUCAUUGCUAUCAGAAAGUUACAGGGUUAGCGGGUGUUUAUGCCGUGCAGGAGCCACAUUUUUGGACAUUGUGCUCGGACGUAUAUGUUGGUGCUAUUAAACUGGAAGUAUCAAAGAAUGUAGAUCCUAAAUACGUAGUGACGCAUGCGCGAAUGAUUUUUGAGUCAGUGGGAGUAAAGCAGAUGUACAUACAGCUCGACUAUGUGUGAUAGAAACAUUGUUAGUUACACUCUUGUUAGAUAUUUUAAUGUAAUUAUAUUUUUAUGCUGUUUUUUUUAAAUAAAUCAAACAAUUUACAAAAUGUAAAUUAGUGUCUAUAUUGUAAGUGCGCCAAUUCGUAACAAUUUUCCAAUUUAUAUUUUUUAAAAUAUUUCUAUGUGAAAAUCAUAAUAUAUUGUUAAUAUGAUUUAAAUUAUUUAUAUUUUACAUUUAAUAAUAUACAAAUAAUUGUGUAAUAUAAUUCAAAUUAAUUAUACAUAUUAAGUCAUUCCGAUAAACGAUUUUUUUAUAUAAGUUUAGAAUCUUCCUAAAAAAUGUAUAAUAAAUUGUAUGCAAUAUUC